AUGGACGCAAGCACGCAGACGAUUGAAGUUGUGCGAAAGAACUUCGCGCAACAGACGGACGGAGGAAAGGGAGAAUGGGUAAAAGAAGAGGACGAAGUGGAGAUUUUGGAGGAAGUACAGGGAAGGAAGGAAGAGGAAGACGUGACGAUAAUUGCGGUGCCGAAUAUUCUCUCGCCUAUAAGAGAAGUAGAGGAUAAGGGGGAAGAAUGGAAAGAAUGGAGAGCAGGGGAAUUCAUUUGGAUCGAGGACGUAGGGGAAAACACAGAAAACAACCACAAUCGAAAUAAAAAAAAAAAGUCACAUAAAGAGCAAGAACAAAUAAAGAAGACAAAGGAAGAGACAAUAAAGGAAGAAGAAAAAGAAACGAAAGAGGACAAAGGGAACAAAAACAAUAAGGACGAAAGCAACGAAAAGAAGGGAAAGAAAGACAAAAACGACGGACAACAAGAAACAAAGAAGAUAAAGAAGGAGGCAAAAGGAGAAGACAAGGAAAACACUGAAAACAACAACGAUAACAUUAACAAUAACGAAAACAAAAGGAAGAGGACAGACGACAAUGGAGAGAGACGAACAAAAAGGAUUAAGAUUAAACAAGAGGACCUCGAAACCCUGAGUGGGACAAACUGGUUGAACGACGAAAUAAUCAACAAUUACUUUGAGUUGUACCGUAAAGUGAUUGUCCCUAUUCACUUGGGCAAUCACUGGUGCCUUGCGGUAAUAGAUAUGCUCUUUGGUGAGAUUUGCUAUUAUGAUAGUUUCAAGGGCAGUCAGCCCGCCUACUUGGCAACACUCCUGGAGUAUUUAGUCCAGGAGGCGAAAGAGAAAAACGAGGUUCCUAUCAAUAAAGAGGAAUGGACCCUUGGGAAUACAACAAACAUUCCCUGUCAGACGAAUGGGUAUGACUGCGGGGUCUUCACGUGUCAGUUCGCCCGUUAUGAAGUGGCAAAUAGAGCAAUUGAUUUCACACAACAGGACAUGCCACAAAUCAGAGCGAAAAUGGCUCGUGAAUUGCAGGCGGGAUGUCUCGAAGAUUAA